AUGAGCGUAACUUAUCGAGAUAUUGUCGGAGUUGAUAAGAAACGACAGCUAGUGGAUUUGGACUACGCAAGAACGGUGUGCGGUAAACCUGGCUUUUAUGUAUAUGAUGAGAAGUUUCAUUCUAUAUUGGGCUUGUCUCCAACUUUGACCUGUCUCGAGACGCGGGAUUAUCGAUUUGCACAUGAAGCAGGAGUUUAUCACAAGGAGACGAAUUCCAUAUACUUUACUUCAAAUUAUAGCUCUGGCAAUUCCAUCAAGCUUUACAGAGUCCACUGUGAAUCUUACAAGGUGGAGGAACUAGAUCAUUACGAAGUGAUUCAAGCAAAUGGUGCUUGCCAGCACAAAGGCAACAUCCUCUAUUGUGCUCAAGGCGACCAUACACACCCCUCAUCACUGAUGGAAGUCAACCCAAUCACAGGCGAGACUGAAACACUUAUCAAUAAUUUCUAUGGAAGAGAAUUCUCUUCGAUAAAUGACGUUGUGGUGCAUCACGAAACCGGUGAUAUAUGGUUUACCGAUCCGACUUAUGGAUUUGAGCAGGGAUUUAGAAAAGAGCCUGCCCUUCCAAAUCAAGUGUACAGAUUCAAUCCUGAGACUGGAGAACUCUGCGUGGUUGCAGAUCAAUUUGAUAUGUGCAACGGUCUCUGUUUUAGUCAUGAUUAUACGAAAAUGUAUGUUACCGACACUGGAGCAGUCAAGAUGAAUAAAGAAGCAGGGUCUUUUAUGCACAACCCCCAACACCCAAGCGUGAUUUAUGAAUAUGACGUUGUUGAUCAAAGACGACUAUUUAACAAGCGCGUCUUUGCAUUCUGUGAUGAUGGAAUUCCAGAUGGCAUCAAAUGUGAUAUCCAUGGAAACGUCUACUCAGGUUGUGGGCAUGGUAUUCAUGUUUGGAAUCCCGAUGGGGUUCUCUUAGGAAAAAUCAUAACUGGAGAGGUCUGUGCUAACUUCUGUUUUUCUGCAAGCGGGAUGUGGAUAUUUUCAGAAUUCCACUUGUUUCUUUGCCACCUGGAUGCCAAAGGGGCCCUAGUGAAUAUAGAGUGCUACUGA